GGCGGGACUUCCUCUCUAGACAAGUUCCGGCGGAAUCCGGAAGUUGGAGCUUUUCACUUCCUUGCCGGGUAGUUUGCUCGUUUUUCUGCUUGGGUUUCCUUGGUUUACUUAGGGAGGCUCCCGUGGGCUGCCUGCUCCACCCAUGGCGGGGGCCGCCCUCACUACGGCCUUCGGGCAGGCUGUGAUCGGGCCCCCAGGCUCUGGGAAGACCACGUACUGCCUGGGCAUGAGCGAGUUCCUGCGCGCGCUGGGGCGGCGCGUGGCGGUGGUGAACCUGGACCCAGCCAACGAAGGACUGCCUUAUGAGUGUGCUGUGGACGUGGGCGAGCUGGUGGGUCUGGGCGACGUGAUGGACGCGCUGCGUCUGGGGCCCAACGGUGGCCUGCUCUACUGCAUGGAGUACCUGGAAGCCAACCUGGACUGGCUGCGCGCCAAGCUGGAGCCCCUGCGAGGCCACUACUUUCUCUUCGACUGCCCCGGGCAGGUGGAGCUCUGCACGCACCAUACCGCCCUACGCAGCAUCUUCUCCCAGAUGGCUCAGUGGGACCUCAGGCUGACUGCCGUCCACCUCGUGGACUCUCACUACUGUACAGACCCGGGCAAGUUCAUCUCGGUGCUGUGUACCUCCCUGGCCACCAUGCUGCAUGUGGAACUGCCCCAUGUCAACCUCCUCUCCAAGAUGGACCUUAUUGAACACUAUGGAAAGCUGGCCUUCAAUCUGGACUACUACACUGAAGUCCUGGACCUCUCCUACCUGCUGGACCACCUGGCAUCUGACCCUUUCUUCAGUCACUACCGACAGCUCAACGAGAAGCUAGUACAGCUCAUUGAAGACUACAGCCUGGUCUCCUUCAUCCCUCUGAACAUCCAGGACAAGGACAGCAUCCAGCGAGUCUUGCAGGCUGUGGAUAAAGCCAAUGGCUACUGCUUUGGGGUCCAGGAGCAGCGAAGCCUGGAGGCCAUGAUGUCUGCUGCAAUGGGAGCUGAUUUCCAUUUUUCCUCCACUCUGGGCAUCCAAGAGAAGUACUUAGCAUCCUCGGACCAGACUGCAGAGCAGGAAGCCAUGCAGCUGUAACACAUGGGCCUGGAUAGCCAUGGGCAGCUCAGCGGGCUACGGAUCCAAAAACCAUGUCAGCCAGACCACAGGCUGGGAGGAAACUUCGUCCCUGCAAAGGACUUCUGAAUAAGAAGCCACACAUAGCACUCUUUGUAGUGCCUGGAAGCUCGGGCCCCACCCCCAGGAGGUGGGGACCAAACCUUAAGGAACAGCUGUACUUGGGCUGCAGUGGAUGGCAUUGCUAUGAUUUGAGAUGAUUUUCUAUUUUUUUGUGACCUUAAACUUUUCUUCAACCCUCUGGACCCAGGGAUUUGGAGAACAAAGAAAUGUCUUUGUCCUUCCAGA